AUGUAUACGCCGCUUGAUCCAGAAUUCCAGCCAAAAAAUCUGAAAAAUCGUAUGUACUAUAUUCUGGCCGCAUUUCUAUGUACCUUCAUCAUAUUUUUCAGUCAUUUUAAUGGCGGGGCUGAAAAUGACGUGGAGAACUCUCUGAGAGAAGAUGUCACACCGGAAUUCUACAAGAUUUAUGGUUAUGAUGGUCCGAUGGAUGAGUUGGAUAAUCUAGAAGCUGAACCUGAGUCACCAGUGAGUUCUGAAAACCUACUUGAAGCCUCUGAAUCCUGAAUCCUGAUUCAGAAAUUCGAAAAGAUCAGCAAUACCAUUCACAACUUGAUCAACACCACUGAAAUCUGCGAUUUCACUUCCACAAAUUUUGUGGCAAAAAAUUCGGAAAAAAUCCUGCGGGGCUUCAAAAAAUGCACAGUUCCCAUUUUCGAAUCAUUUUCCGAUAAUCACACGAGAUUUUUCGAUAAUUGGGUGAAUUCCUCGAGAAAAUGUGAUUAUAUUGAUGAAUUUCGGAAUUUGAAUCUUCACGGAUUGUCGAAUAUUGAUGAGAUUAAGUGGUUGAUUUAUCCGAAAUGUGUGAGUUUUGAGAAAUACAACGAUACUCCGCGUUUACACCGAUUCUUGAUACCUGAUUCGUGAUUUUUGGCUCGAAAAUUUCAAAAUUUUCUAGUUUCUCGGCUAAUUCUCAAGGUUCCAGGUUGAAAUUUGAACAAAAAAAUCAUUAAAAUUUGAAUUUCCCGAUUCUCGCGCCGAUGGGUGUAAAUGUGGUGUAGGCGGUUAGUGCCUACAUCGUUGACUUGAAGGUCGCGGGUUCGAGUCCGCCUGGCGACUUUUCUGAAUUUUUUUCAGAAAAAAAUUUCACUGUUUCAAAAAAUUAUGAAAAUUUGAACAGUUUGAUUAAAAUUCCCACGUGGCAAAAUUCCAACUACAGUAACCUAGAACAGUUUUGAUCCACAAAAAAAAACUUUUUUUUUUGAACUACAGUAAUUUGUUACUGUAGUAAAUUCCAAAUUUUCUAGAAAAAAUCAAAAAAAAAUUUUUCACUGUUUCAAAAAAUUAUGAAAAUUUGAACAGUUCGACUAAAAUUUCCACGUGGCAAAAUCCCAACUACAGUAACCUAGAACAGUUUUGAUCUACAAAAAAAAUUUUUUUCUGAACUACAGUAACUUAGAAAAAAAUUAUUUUUUACUGUAGUAAAUUCUGAAUUUUCGAGAAAAAAAUCAGAGAAAAAAUUUUUCACUGUUUCAAAAAAUUAUGAAAAUUUGAACAGUUCGCAAAAAUUUUCGAUAUUUUCACAUUUUUUUUUUGAUUUUGCAACUACAGUAAUCUAGAACAGUUUUGAUCUACAAAAAAAAAUUUUUUUUUUUGAACUACAAAUUCUGAAUUUUCGAGAAAAAAAAAUUUCACUGUUUCAAAAAAUUAUGAAAAUUUGAAGAGUUCGAUUAAAAUUUCCACGUGCCAAAAUUCCAACUACAGUAACCCAGAACAGUUUUGAUCUACAAAAAAAAAUGUUUUUUUCGAACUACAGUAACAAACAAUUUGUUACUGUAGUAAAUUCUGAAUUUUCUAGAAAAAAUCAGAGAAAAAAAUUUCACUGUUUCAAAAAAUUAUGAAAAUUUUAACAGUUCCCAAAAAUUUUUGAUAUUUUUAAAAUUUUUAAUUUUAUUUUCCAACUACAGUAACCUAGAACAGUUUUGAUCUACAAAAAAAUUUUUUUUUUGAACUACAGUAACAAAUAAAUAAUUUGUUACAGUAGUAAAUUCUGAAUUUUCCAGAAAAAAUCAGAAAAAAUUUUCACUGUUUCAAAAAAUUAUGACAUUGAAAAAUUUUUGAUAAAAAUUUCCACGUGGCGAAAUUCCAACUACAGUAACCUAGAACCGUUUUGAUCUACAAAAAAAAAUGUUUUUUUGAACUACGGUAACAAAUAUUUUGUUACUGUAGUAAAUUCCAAAUUUUCUAGAAAAAAUCAGAAAAAAAUUUUUACUGUUUCAAAAAAUUAUGAAAAUUUGAACAGUUCGCGAAAAAUUUCAAUAUUUUCAAAUUUUUUUUUGAUUUUUCAACUACAGUAACCUAGAACAGUUUUGAUCUACAAAAAAAAAUGUUUUUUUGAACUACGGUAACAAAUAUUUUGUUACUGUAGUAAAUUCCAAAUUUUCUGGAAAAAAUCAGAAAAAAAAUUUUCACCGUUUCAAAAAAUUAUGAAAAUUUGAACAGUUCGCGAAAAAUUUCAAUAUUUUCAAAUUUUUUUUUUGAUUUUUCAACUACAGUAACCUAGAACAGUUUUGAUCUACCAAAAAAAAUUUUUUUUUGAACUAAAAAUUCUGAAUUUUCUAGAGAAAAUCAGAAAAAAAUUUCAUUGUUUCAAAAAAUUAUGAAAAUUUGAAGAGUUCGAUUAAAAUUUCCACGUGCCAAAAUUCCAACUACAGUAACCUAGAACAGUUUUGAUCUACAAAAAAAACUUUUUUUGAACUACAGUAACAAUUUGCCACGUCAUAACUCUGAGAAUCAAAGUAGCUCAGCUGGUUAGAAGUUGAAUUUCUGACUUGCCUAAUUAGAAGCCUGGGUUCGAAUCCUAGUGCCUGCGAACGUUUUUUUUCCAAUUUCCAGCAAGAAGAAAACAUCCACGUGACCCUUGGAGUUGGUCACGAUGUUCAAGCCGAACUCAAACUCAAAAAACAUCAACCCAACACAAAAUUCUACGCCGUCGAUCCGAUGAUCGCAAUAAACUACGAUCUAGUCACAGAGCAACUAAAUGGCUCAUUUUUUGCCUUUGCCUUAGCAAAUGAGACGAGAAUGCAGAAUUUUACAGUGAAAGAGAAGACGGGUAAACAAAAAGUUUUGAGGGGGAACUUCGGCUAACUCGAAAAUAUUUCAGGGUAUGUGUUGAAACCCGUAGCGACUUUAGACAUUGGAUAUUUUUUCGAAAAUCUCCUGGUGCUUCCCAAAAUCGACACACUGUUUUUGGACAUUGAGGGAGGCGAGAAUUAUUUUCUGGAAUAUUUUGAGAAAAAUGGGAAAUUUGACGAAAUUGGCAUGCAAAUUUGCCAAUUCAACAUUGAAUUUCACAAUGUGAAAUAUGAAUAUCAGGAUAGGAUUUAUGCAUUUUUGGGGAAGAUAAUUGAUGAUGAGCGGUAUAUAUUUUUGAGGCCUUCGAAUCAUCGAAAAGGUUAUUUUAAGAUGUAUUUUGUGAAUGUUGAGAAUGAGGAAUGUGUUAGAAAAUAUAUUGGCUGAAAAUUUUUGAAAUAAAGUUUUUUGCUUUUCCCAGAAAAAUUUGAGGUAUCGCAUAUAAAACCAACAUUUCCCCACGCUCUCAAAAACACAAGCGUGUACGAGUGGUUAACACGUGCGCCUCUCGAUCACACCGUUUUGCGGGAUCCAGGUUCGAUCCCUGGUGAAGGCGAAAUAUUUUUUUUUAAAUUUUUUUCUGUUGAAAAUAUGCAUUUUGAAAAUCCUGUCUAUUGUUUCAUCUUUUCCUAAUCCCCGUGAAAAUCAGAAAUUUGCAUAUAAUUUCUGACCGAAAAAAAAGAUAGACAAGAUUACAAUCAAAGAAUUUUUGCGCACCCAACCUGAAUUUCACAACAUAACACAAUUUUCACCCUAAAAAUGAAAUUCUCAAAAAUUCCUAGAUUUCUCAAAAUCUUCCUAGUAAACCUAAUAAUCACUUUUAUUUUCUAUCAAAAUUUGACACGCUAUUCUUCUGAGUGGGUAGAAUCAUAUUUUUUAAAAAAAUUCAAAGUUUUUUUUUUCAGAAAUGAGUUACAGUAUCUCGAUUGCUCAGGUUUUAUCAAUAAUUCAAGUUCAGCAAUCGAAAAUUAUGUGAAUUCUGGGAGAAUGAAAUUGGGGUCUGGAAGAGUUACGAUAAAUUUUUCGAUGGAUUGUGAAAGUAUAAUUGAGCGGGUGAAAAAUAAUGAGACAUUUGAAAAUGAGUUGAAAAAUCCAGUUGCGUUUAUUAGAAAUGUGUAUACGGUGAGUUAAGGGAGGACCACUUGACGAUUAGGGUUUAUAGGAGUGGCUCCUAGUCAAAGGGGUACUCCAGGAGUGGCUACUUGAAAGCUAGGUUCUCAAGGUCCGGCUACUUGACAACUAUGUUUCUUAGGAUCGGCUACUUGUCAUUGAAUCUCACAAGGCGCCGUGCCUAGCCCGAGUGGUUUUCUAGGCAUGGCACCUAGCCAGGAGGGUUCUUUAGGCUUGGCUACUUAACAUCAAAUGUCUCAAGGCACCUUACCUAGUCAGAGUGAUUCUAUAGGCGUGGCUCCUAACUAGAAAGGUUCUCUAGGCCUCGCUACUUGACAACUAGGUUUCCUAGACCCGGUUACUUGACAUUGAAUUUCUCAAGGCGUCGUACCUAGUCAGAAAGGUUCUCUAGGCAUGGCACCUAGCCAGAGGGGUACUCUAGACGUGGCUCCUUAUCAGAGUGGCGUUCUAGGCAUGGCUACUUGAAAAUUGCAUUCUGCAGGCUCGGUUACUUGACAAUUGAAUAUCUGAAGGCGUCGUACCUAGUCAGAAGGGUUAUCUAGGUGUGACUACUUGAAAUCUAGGUUUUCUAGACGUGACACCUAGCCAAAAGGGUUCUAUAGGCUUGGCUACUUGAAAAUCGCAUUCUCUAGGCGCGGGACCUUGACAAUCGCAUUCUCUCGUCUCGACCACUUGACAACUAGGUUUCUUAGGCGUGGCUACUUGAUAAUUGCACUCUCUAGGCUCGCCUACUUCACAACAAGGUUUCCUAGGCCCGGUUACUUGACAUUGAAUCUCUCAAGGCGCCUUACCUAGUCAGAUGGGUUAUCUAGACUCGGCUACUUGACAACUAGUUCUUCUAGACGCGGAUACUUCACAACUAGGGUUUCAAGGCUCAGUCACUUGACAUUAAAUGUCUCAAGACGCUAUACCUAGCCAGCAAAGUUCUCAAGGCGCCGUACCUAGCCAUAGUGAUUCUCUAGGCGUGGCUUCUUGCUAGAAGGGUUCUCUAGACUCGGCCACUUGACAUCUAGCUUUCCAAGGCUCGGCUCCUAGUCAUUGAAUUUCUCAAGGCGUCGUAUCUAGCCAGAGGGCGCUCUAGGCGCGGGACCUUGACAACUUGAUUUUCUAGGCUUCGCUACUUGACAAUUGAGUUUCUCAAGGCGCAGCUCCUAGCCAGUAAAAUUCUCUAGGCUCUCCUACUUUUCCAGACCUACGAAUUCCAAGAAAUGCUUCUCACCUCAAUCUACCAUCCCUCAAACACAUAUUGCUAUUCCAUCGACCAAAAAUCCGAAAAAACUGGAAUAUUCGAAAACCUCGCUCAACUCUCCCGAUGUCUCCCGAACAUCAUUCUAAAUCCAAUCACUUAUGACUUCAAUUCGGAUGGAUAUUUUCAAGAUCGCGCCAAUUUCAAAUGUCUAGAAUUGAUUUUGGCUAGGAAAUGGGAACAUGUGAUAUUUCUACAGAAUAAUGACCUUGUUAUCAAAUCUGUUGAGGAGUUAGCUGAACUCAGUGAGAUUUUGAAGGCGAAAAGUUUGAUGGCUGUUCAGGAACCUUUUGAAGAUCGCUGGAUUCAUGAAGCAGAUUGGACUCCAAAAGGAUUGAAGCUUUUUAAAAAUGGUGGGCUUUUCUUUCAGGGAAAGCUUAAAAAAAAUAAAAAAUAUUUUUUUUGUAGAAUCAAAAGUGCCCAGAGAAAUAUUAGAAAAACCUCUGCGAAUUUGGAAAGGUUUCAAUCAAGUGAUUUUGUCGAGAAUUUUUGUUGAAUCGAUUUUUGAGAUGUUGGAUUUGGAGGGCAUUUUGGAAUUGUUCAAUCAGAAAGAGGUGAUUUUUUUGGGGAAGAAUUUUGGGCUGAAAAUCGCUGAAAAUUUGGGUCUAGCAAUGAUUUUUAGGCUUCUGGAACAUUUUUGAGAAAGUUCUAAAAAGUUCUAGAAUCCGAAAAACUUGUUUUGGACUGAAAUUUUGUGCUGAAAAUGCUGAAAAUGUUGGUUUUCAGGAAAUUUUGGUAUUUGUGUGAUUUUCAGCACGAAAUUUGGGUCUAGAAGUGUUUUUCGGGCUUCUGAAACAUUUUUUUGAAAAAAAAUUUCAAGAUUUCGUAAUAAGUAAGUUCCAGAAGCCAAACAUUUUGCUCUAUACUGAAAUUUCAUGCUGAAAACGCUGAAAAUUUUAGUUUUUAAGAAAUUUUCAGCAUUUCUGUGAUUUUCAGCACAAAAUUUCAGUCUAGAAGUGAUUUUUAGGCUUCUGAAACAUUUUUGAAAAAUUUAAAAAAGUUCUAGAAUUCCAAAAACUUGUUCUAGACUGAAAUUUUGCGCUGAAAACGCUGAAAAUGUUGGCUUUCAAGAAUUUCCAGCAUUUUUAAGCUUUUCAGCACAAAAAUUUGGGUCUAGAAGUGAUUUAUGGGCUUCUGGAACAUUUUUCAAAAAUUUAAAAUUGUUCUAGAAUUUUAAAAACUUGUUCUAGACUAAAAUUUUGUGCUGAGAACGCUGAAAAUUUUUGUUUUAGAGAUUUUCAGCAUAAAAUUCUGAAAAACAAGCUCCAAAAUUUUCCAGAUGUAUGGAGUUGAUGAGAUGUUAGUUCAAACCCUCUACCGCAACAAUCUCGGUUUGGCUGGCCAACCAACUUCCUCCAACUUGAAUACAACAAUCGAAGAUAGAAUCACAAGAUGGUCUGAUUGGAUAUAUCAACCAUCAGGUUAUAAUGAAAUGUGUAGAUCAAAAUUAUUACGUCAUAAUAUUUGUAUAAUGGGUGUGGAAUAUUUGGCGGAUUUCAGAGAAUCGAGUUUUGUUAUAGCUAAUAAGAUUCUAGAAGAUUUCGAUUUGGCGCCACUUUUUUGUAUUCGAGAAGUUUUUCGGGAAAGGAAAAAUAUUUAUAAGAAGGAGGAAAUUUGGAGGAAGGGGACUUCGAAGCUGAUUUUGAAUGAGAUAUUGAAAAAUCAGGAGUUUUUGAAAAUUCACAUGGGUCUAAAUAUGCGGUUUUAG